GAGUCAGGACAGUACCCCUCCACCUCCAGCCCACCACCGCCACCACCAUGCUGCAACAGAUCUUAAAGGACAUGUACAUCGACCCAGAUGUGUUGGAGGCCCUGAAUGAGGACCAGAAGAAGACCCUGUUCCUGAAGAUGAGAGAGGAGCAGGUGCGGCGCUGGACGGAACGUGAGGAGAAAGAUGGGGACCAUAGGCCAAAGUCAAAGACAGGUACCAACUCCUCUCUCCCUCACUCACUCCUCUCUCCUUUCUUCUACUCCAGCUUCACAUACUGGAGCUGUAUUACCUGCUUAUGAAAUAAGCCUACAAACACGUUCCAUUGAAACCUACACGUCUGGUCUUUCUAAAGCCAGGUACAUUAGACACGUUUCAGAUAUGUUAGUGCAUUUUCUGCUGUGGAUUAACCAAUAGGAAGCUGCCAUGUAAAGAUGAGCUGCAAGCAUGUGGUUUACCUCUGACAGACAUCCUGUGAUGAUGUGGCUACCGACAACGAACAUUUUCAGUAUCUACUGCUGCUUUUUUCCAGGCCCUCUGUAUGUAGGUGUCUGCCUGCAAGGUUAUGCACUUUGUUUCAAUGAGAUGGCAUUACCUGUCUAUAUUAUGCUAAGCAGGCCUGAGAGUAGGUAAUGGCUAAAAAGGCUACUUGUGUCUUUUAUCAAAUGACUACCUGCAGUUACCAGGGUUACCAUUUACUGUCACAAUAGGAACACUGGAGGCUAUGAGGAAGUAUCCCUGCCUCAUGUAGCAUCACUGCGGUGAGAGAAAGGAGGAGGUCUUCAACUCGGGUUUCUAGUCACUUCCAGUAACUAUGUCUGAAAGAGUAGUCCAACUAACAGCCCAGGAUGUGGCUCUGCUAUCUCAUUUGAGGAAAUGACAUACUUACAGCUGACUCACCCUCAAUUGAUUGAAUCAUUGGUUCAAUAAUCAAUUGUUUUUAAAGGGUCCUUAUCAGUGAACACAAAACCCAUCUUAGUAUAAGACAACAAAUAUCUGAAACAACAACAACAGAGCAAAAUGUCUAAUCAGAAUAUGUCUGAUUAUGUCAGAUUGUGUGUGUGUGUACAAGGAUCUGCUUUAGAUUUUUUGUUCCCAGCGAAGGGAGAGGCAGCCUGAUGUCUGGAAUGUGUGUGCGUGUGUGUUGGGAAAAAAAAGAUAACAGAACAUAGGAACAUGCGAUAGACAGAAAUAGUGCCAGCCAGUGUUUCACAGAGAGUACACUGUUAUUUUGUAUGUUAGAGAGGAAAUUGUCUGUUCUUCCUAUUGUGUAUAUCAGCUGCAGUAAAUGGCUCAUUACACACACCGCUACAAACAAACGCAGGCAGGCUGUAAUUCUAUCUUGAAACUGGUUUGGUGUACUGCAAAAUCUUGCCUGUCUGCAUUUUCUCUGUAGCAAGUAGCCAGUCCCUGUGUGAGGAAUUUGUGUCAUAAUGAUAAUGACUCGGUUCACAAUGUGCUUGACAUUCCACAGAAGGAAUCUGAGAGAGAGAGAGAGAGAGAGAGAGAGAGAGAGAGAGAGAGAGAGAGAGAGAGAGAGAGAGAGAGAGCUGAGAGCGAGAGAUAGAUAGAGAGAUGCUAGAUCGAGAGAGAGAUAUCUAUAUAGCAGCGAGUACUCUCUCUCUUCUAGGCUCUGCAUCCCUCCUCUCUCUCUCGUCUCUCUCCGCCUCUCCUCUCGCGAUCCCUCUCUCCUCAUCUCUCUCGCUCUCCGCUCUUCUUUUUUUCCCCUUCCCCCAAUCACAGUCAAACUGGUUUCAUCCCCCUAAGGCUGGCCUGCUUUUAGGCACAUGGUGGUUUUUGCAUUCAUUCUGCUUGACGUGUGAUUAGGAUCAGGGGAAGUCUGUUUUUGGCUGCAUUCGACAACAAAGCACUGAUUAUCGAGCGUCUGAAUGUCAGACAGGGAGGAGGGAGAACAGAGGCCUCUAUAUCGGCUAACGACAAGGGCAGCUGUUCCUACAAGUCAAUGGUCCCCCAAUACACACUGGGUCGUUCCAUGUCAUUUCAGCAAGCCAUGACACCCACCAUCUCAGACUGUUCUGAAAUCGUUUCUGUAGAAACAGAUAACAUUAGCAUUCCUGCAACAUUAUUUUGUUGAAAUAUCAUUUGAUCACUGCUAUGUUACACACACACACACACCCUGAUACACAGUGCAGUGUUACACACACACCACUGGACCAUAGGGUUAGAGACCUUAUUGUAGCACAUGUUAUAGCCACAGUUCACAUUAUACAUGAGGUGGUUGGAGGCUGUUGCAGACCUAGUUUGGUUGUUGUUGGUGUGAAGCAGAAGAAAAUAGUGGUCUGUUAAAGCGCAGGACCCGGGUGUCUGCAAAGCAGGAAGUGACUCUAGGCCCACUGGCCCAUUCCUUCCAACAAUGAAGUGUGAGCAGAGCAGGAAGCCUGCAGUAAGUAUAAGGCCAUUUGUGUUAGUGGUUUAGUGUUUUUCAUCUGUUCAGUUAUAUUUAAGUCAUUUAGUUUGGGCUGUAUGUAGUUAGUGUGUUGCUGAAUGUUUGUAACUACAUUUCUUUAGCAUGUGAUGGUCCUCUGUAGCUCAGCUGGUAGAGCACGGCGCUUGUAACGCCAGGGUAGUGGGUUUGAUCCCCGGGACCACCCAUACACAAAAAUGUAUGCACGCAUGACUGUAAGUCGCUUUGGAUAAAAGCGUCUGCUAAAUGGCAUAUUAUUAUUAUGUGUACAUGCAUGAUUUGUAACACGUAGGCUAUACAACUGGUAUGACAGUUUUGCAGUACAUGUUUUGGUGUGUUAGUACCCCUAUGUGUUCACCACUAUGUGUUCCUGUUUGUGUGGUUAUGUCCAUUUUUGGUUUGUGUGUGCGCGACGAGAACACAGAACGUGGCAGACUGGUGACGUUUGCUAGUGGCAGAUGAUAGAAUGUAGUGCAGGUCGGGCCGCCUUAAUGCCACAGUAACUAGAUCCGCCCUUCCCUGAAUGUACCACAGUAUUUUGGUUACUGUAUGUACUAAAUCAGAAAUGGCACUGUUCGCUUUUCAGUCAGUUUAAUAUGUGGGGGAAUAUGAUUGAGGCCUGGCAUUUAUGAGGGUCUUUAGAGAGGGGGUGUGAUCAGAGUCAAGGGGUGAAGUAACAGGAGUAUUGUGACAAGGACAGGGUUCCAAGAGUCCAGAGAGACACACCUCUUACCAGUUGGACAAGUGUGAAGUCAUAUCCCACAUGCCAUUGUCAUGUAAAUGUCUUGCGUGUUGAGAAAAUGGUCUGUUUGCCUACAGAGUGUGUUUGCCCAUCUAGUAUGUUGUGACUUGCCUGGGUCAAAUAAAAGUUCUAAUAAAGUUCUAAUAAAAUAAAAUGUAAUUGUAUUUGUGACAUGCGCCGUAUACAACAGGUGUAGACUUUACAGUGAAAAGCUUACUUACAAGCCCUUUCCCAACAAUGCUGAGUUAAAAAGUAUGAACAUUUUUCAAAAAAUAAAAAAGGAAAUAGUAAAAUAAUAAAGUAAUGGGACUACAUACAAGGAGUACCGGUACUGAGUCAACAAGGUGCAGAGGUACAAGGUGGUACAGGUAAUUGAAGUAAUAUGUACACGUAGAUCAGGGCUUGUCAUCGUGGUUUGCCCCAGGUGGAAUGCGGUGCCGAUGCCACAGGAUGGUCUGGCAGAACCAGUUCACUGGUAAUCUGCUAUGGAGGGGUGCCUCCCCUUGUUUUCAACCCAAACCUUCAAUUCAGAAAACGUUUAUGUCCUCAAUGAGCCAAUUCAUUUUUGCAGCAAUCACAAUACUACAUACAGUACAUACAAAAAACACAUAUUUUUAAACAACAUAAGAAUAGCAAAGGGUAUUUACAGUCAAGUAGGAUGAAUAAGUGUCUCUACUGAUCCUCGGCUCAGCUGUGUGUGUACUGCUUUAUUCCCACGAAGGAACAUUUCUCAGCCUUUAUCCAAAGUUCCCAUGUCAUGGUAUUAAAGGAUGUGGUGACUUUUCCAUUUUUUCCCCAUCUCUGUUCCACUGCUGUCCAUAAAAGGAGCCCAUCGUUGUCUGUUUACCACAGAAACAUAAAUAUUACAAAUAUCUUGGUUUUACUAAUUUGGCAAGAAUGUCUCUUCUCUGUUGCUUCCAGUAAUAUAACUCCAGUUUGUGUCCCCUGUAGCCAACAGUAAGAAAGUGAGCUGGUUGCUGGGCAGGGAUGGAGAUGUGGCCGUCAUGGUGAUCGGAGAGGUGGAUGAGCUGAAGACCUCCAAACUCCUCUGCACUGGGCCUGUGGAGAGAAGAGCACCACCAAGCCUGCACAAUAACACACGGUACGGACACCUCAGCACCACAAGCAGGGAUUUUAUCUGCAGUUCUGUGGAGUUGUGAUAGUAGAUAGUAGAUAUCACAUUGAGUGAGAGGUUCGUUUUUGAGUUUCACAUUUUCUAUCAUCCCUGUCCUUGUCUGGUCCUGUCUGGUCCUGUCUGGUCCUGUCUGCUCCUGUCUGGUCCUGUCUGGUCCUGUCUGGUCCUGUCUGCUCCUGUCUUGUCCUGUCUGGUCCUGUCUGCUCCUGUCUGCUCCUGUCUGGUCCUGUCUGCUCCUGUCUGGUCCUGUCUGCUCCUGUCUGCUCCUGUCUGGUCCUGGUCCUGCUGCUCCUGUCUGCUCCUGUCUGCUCCUGUCUGGUCCUGUCUGCUCCUGUCUGGUCCUGUCUGCUCCUGUCUGGUCCUGUCUGCUCCUGUCUGCUCCUGUCUGGUCCUGUCUGCUCCUGUCUGGUCCUGUCUGCUCCUGUCUGCUCCUGUCUGCUCCUGUCUGCUCCUGUCUGCUCCUGUCUGCAGCCACCAGACAACCUCCCUGAAGAGCAACCUGGUAAACAGACCAGCCUCAGAAACUAUCAGAACUCAGAGAGAGGAUCUGCCUCCCAAAACACAGCCAGGGAUACAGCUCAAUUUAAAGGUGAGUGUGUGUGUGUGUGUGUGUGUGUGUGUGUGUGUGUGUGGAGGUGACCUUCCUGUUGCUGUCAUUAAUCUCGGGCAUAGCCGAGGGCCAGUGAGACGCACGUUCUCCAGGGAGAGUCAUCGCUCAGUGGCCAAAUAAAUCACACCUAGCUCUCCCUCUCCAGACUCUUCCAUCACUCCAUCCAUCCCUCCCUCUCUUUUUCCCUUUACUCUCCAUUAUUGCCUUCAACAACAGCAAAGACCCCUCUCCCUUGAUCUUCUCUUUCCAACUCAACCACAUCCUAUCAUCCUUUCAAUCCUCCUCUCUUUCCUCCCUCUAUCCUUUCCUUUCCAUUCUCUCCACUUUCUUUGUCCAGUUCCUGUCAUUCCUCCAGUUCCUGUCAUUCCUCCAGUUCCUGUCAUUCCUCUUCAUGUGCAUUCCUGUCGAGAGUUGCAUGUGCAUCGUACACAGUCCUGUGCAAUCCUGUUCAACCUCUCCUCUCUCCGCUUCUCUCUCUCUCUCUCUUUCUCUCUCUCUCGCUAUGCAUCUCUGUCUCUGCUCAUCUCAGCUACUCUCUGCUCUCUCUCUCUCCUGACUCCGCGCUCUCUCUCCUCUUCUCUUCUAUCUCUCUCUUCUCUCUCUCUCUUCUCAUCAUCUCUCUCUACUUGGUGGCUCUCUUCUCUCUCUGCUCCGUUCUCUCUCUCUCUGUGUGUUUCCCACCAUCUGUGAGUCAUUAGUGUGUGUAUGCGCCAAUUUAUAUGUAUAAAUUAAGUGUUUUAAUUAAGUGUGUAGGAGUUGGAGUGAUUUUGUUUAUUUUGUGUUAUAGUGAACCCUACAUAUUUGAAAUUGAGAAGCAUGGUUAUCACAUGUAUUGUGUAUGAGUGUGUAUGAGUGUGUGGGGGGGGGGUGGGUGUUGUGGAUGAGGGGGGGUAACUCUAUUUUCAUGUUAUCUUAAAAAGAGGGAGAAGAUUGAUUUGCUGUGUUGUCAUGGCAACCCUAUGCACAUAGCAAGUGCGAGCCAGGGUGGACACUGUCUCGCCUGCCCAUGAUCCUCCACUCUGUAGAGCACAGUAUUGACCACGAUCCUCCACUCUAAGCACAGCAUUGACCACUCAGAUGUGGCUCCUCCCACGGCUGGUACUGCAAACAUAAAUUCACAAAUGUUUAUGUACUGAACAAAAAUAUAAACUCAACAAUUUCAAAGAUUUUACUGAGUUACAGUUCAUAUAAAGAAAUCAGUCAAUUGAAAUAAAUUAAUUAGGCCCUAAUCUAUGGAUUUCACAUGACUUGGAAUACAGAUAUGCAUCUGUUGGUCACAGAUACCUUUAAAAAAAAGUAGGGUCGUGGAUCAGAAAACCAGUCAGUAUCUGCUGUGACCACCAUUUGCCUCAUGCAGCGUGACACAUUUCCUUCGCAUAGAGUUGAUCAGGCUGUUGAUUGUGGCCUGUGGAAUGUUGUGCCCUCCUCUUCAAUGGCUGUGUAAAGUUGCUGGAUAUUGGCGGGAACUGGAACACACUGUUGUUCACGUCGACCCAGAGCAUCCCGAACAUGCUCAAUGGGUGACACGUCUGGUGAGUAUGCAGGCCAUGGAAGAACUGGGACAUUUUCAGCUUCCAGGAAUUGUGUACAGAUCCUUGUGACAUGGGGCCAUGUAUUAUCAUGCUGAAACAUGACGUGAUGGCGUUGGAUGAAUGGCACGACAAUGGGCCUCAGGGUCUCGUCAUGGUAUUUCUCUGCAUUCAAAUUGCCAUCAAUAAAAUGCAAUUGUGUUCAUUGUCCGUAGUUUAUGCCUGCCCAUACCAUAACCCCACCGCCACCAGGGGUCACUCUGUUCACAACGUUGACGUCAGCAAACCACUCUCCCACAAGACGCCAUACACGUGGUCUGCGGUUGUGAGGCUGAUUAGACGUACUGACAAAUUCUAUAAAACAAUGUUGGAGGUGGCUUAUGGUAGAGAAAUUAACAUUAAAUUAUCUGGCAACAGAGCUGGUGGACAUUCCUGCAGUCAGCAUGCCAAUAGCGCUCUCCCUCAAAACUUGAGACAUCUGUGGCAUUGUGUUGUGUGACAAAACUGCACAUUUUAGAAUGGCCUUUUAUUAUCCCCAGCACAAGGUGCACCUGGGUAAUAAUGAUAAUGCUGUUUAAUCAGCUUCCUGAUAUGCCACACCUGUCAGGUGGAUGGAUCAUCUUGGCAAAGGAGAAAUGCUCACUAACAGGGAUGUGCACAACAUUUUUGAGAAAUAAGCUUUUUGGGCAUAUGGAACAUUUCUGGGAUCUUUUAUUUCAGCUCAUGAAACAUGGGACCAACACUUUACAUGUUGCGUUUAUAUUUUUGUUCUGUGUAUAAUAGUCUGAAUAAGCACAUAAGAAAUGAAUAUGCCUUGUGGUCUUCAGUGUGCUUAAAUUUUUUCUAAGUAAGAAUACUUGAUCAAAAAAAUUGCACACAGCUAGUAGGUUCUUGUCAGAGAAUGUAAAGUGUGUUUUGAAUCUGUCAGCUCAACUGACAUGUUCCUGCUUUUCCAACAGGAGAACAGUGAGGAAGUGAGGACAUUGCCCCCUCUACAGGUAUGUUUGUGUACUGCACGUCACUGUCUGUAUUACAUUUACAUUUUAGUCAUUUAGCAGACGCUCUUAUCCAGAGCGACUUACAGUUAGUGAGUGCAUACAUUUUCAUACUGUAUGUCUGGGCUCUCUCUCUGUAAUGCCUAUGUUUGUGUGUUUAACCCACAGGUGGCAGGGAGUGAGCAGCAGCCACCUGCAGCAGUGGAAAAAGUAAGUAUUAUAACGGAUUUCUGAGUUUGGGUUCUGUAAAGGGUUUGUGCAUUAUUAUAUGUACAUUAUGAGGGCAUUUGUUUUUUGUAAAGGAAGAUAUGCAGCAAUAUACUAGUGUGGUAUUACUACACUGGUUUACCUGUUAUGUUGAUUGCAUAAAAAUAUAUGCUACAUCCAUUAAACACAAAGUUAAAGGGCCAAUCCAGAGUUCAAUAACAAAGCUGACACUCCACCACUUGUUUUAGUAAACAGCUGAGGGAUGGGGCUUGAGAAAUAGAACCACUCUCAAAUUCAUAGACAGAGCUGUGGAUGCAAGGACUGACCAUCCAUGAUAUCAAAAUUGUAGUUUGAACCAUGUUUCGAGGCUAUACAGUGUUUGUUUACAAUAGAUUUACUUUGUUUACAAACAUUGGAGUAAAACUAGCUUAUAUUUUGGGUUCCAACAGAAAAAAAAAUAAUAAUACAUUGUAUGGUCACAGGUGCAGUGAAAUGUGUUGUUUUUACAGGGUGAUAGGAGGCAUUUAUAUGUUAUAUUCUUAAAUAAUAGUCAAAAAGUCCAAAAAUUGCUGUUGCAACUGCAGAUUGCCCCUUUAAGGUAUAACGCUAUGCACAGUUUCUGAGUAAGAGGUUGGGUUAGUGCCUGGUGUUGGGAGAGAAGGUCAUUUUAUUGUCAUUUCCUGAACAGCGAUAAUGAUAUCAUCUGUGGCAUACAAUCAAGUGUCAUGUAAACAACGACAGGAAAGCACAAUGUUAAGCUUCUAUUAUUCCUGGCCAGGUAUGAGGUUGAGAAAGUAACACAUUAUGGGUGGCAGGUAGCCUAGCAGUUAGAGCAUUGGGCCAGUAACCAAAAGGUCACUGGUUCAAAUCCCUGAGUCGACAAGGUGAAAAAUCUGUUGAUGUGCCCUUGAGCAAAGCACUUAAAUCUAAUUUGUUCUAGGGGCAAGGUACUACUAUGACUGACCCUGUAAAACAGCACCUGUAUGUGACAAUACACACAGAUAUUGUAAGUCGCUCUGGAUAAGAGCAUCUGCUAAAUGUAAAAAAUAUUAAUGGUUAGAAUUUGAAACACUUCCACAUUGCUUCUGGACAGUGGCACCCACUCUCUCUCCCUUUUGUGCAGCCUCUCUCCAGGUCCUCUUUCUCCCAGCUGUCUCUCCUUUCUCGCUCCUCUCUUUCUUCUCUCUCUCUGUUCCAGCCGUGCAUGGCCUUGCCGCCUCACCCCUCCUACCUCUUUCUCUGUCUGAGCUGUGGUAGCCCUCCAGUAUGUCUGUCAUCACUCUCUACCACAGGCUGCAAUGGGACUGGGGUGGGACUGGGGAGAGGAGGUUUCUGGGGGAUUGUUUCGUCUUGUGUUCUUUUGAUUGUGCUUGCGUGCAUGUAUGUGUAUAUAUGUGUGUGUGUGUGUGUGUGUGUGUGUGUGUGAGUGUGUGUGCACGUGCCUGUGUGUGUGUGUGUGUGUGUGUGUGUAAGAGGAGCACACACACUCCCCUGGAGCAGAUGGUUAUUAAACUUGAUCAGGGAAUUGAAACACCAGAGACAAGGAGUGCGUCAGUCACAGAUGGAUGGGAUUGUAGGAUUGUCUCCUGAGGUUUGGGAGCUCUCCUUUCCUUUCCUCUCUUCUCCUAAUGCAGCCGAGCCAAACCGCAGGAGAAAACUCUCCCUCUAUCACUUCCUCCAUCCUUACCCAAGACACAUCACAAACAUGCCACUGCACAUCUCUGCCCAACCCAUGUCAAUAUCCCAAUGCACAACCCCACCCUUUUAUUACAUCUGAUUGGUCUGAGAGACAGAGAUUCUAUGUUUUAACAAAUGGUUUGUUUUGUAGAAUUCAGGUUGUCAAUUGUAACUGCACAAAUAGCUUAGUGACGCAGACGUCUGGCAGGGGUAUUUGCGGCUGAUAGUUGUUUGUGAGAUCGGGAGAGGGGACUGAUUUGGUGCUUCUGAUGUAGUUGUAUUUGGUGCUGCUGCUAGAGUGGAGGGUCUUAAGCUGUCGAUAAGAAAGGGAGUAUGAGAGAGAGGGAGGGCGAGAGAGAGGGAGGACGAGAGAGGGAGGACGAGAGAGAGGGAGGAGUACGAGAGAGAGGGAGGGCGAGAGAGAGGGAGGACGAGAGAGGGAGGACGAGAGAGAGGGAGGACGAGAGAGGGAGGACGAGAGAGAGGGAGGAGGGCGAGAGAGAGGGAGGACGAGAGAGAGGGUGGACGAGAGAGAGGGAAGGCGAGAGAGAGGGAGGAGUAUGAGAGAGAGGGAGGAGUAUGAGAGAGAGGGAGAGUAGCGGAAGGGGGGCGAGAGAGAGGGGGAGGAGAGAGGGAGGACAGAGAGAGGGAGGAUUGGAGGAGGAGGAUAUGAGGGGGGGAGAGUAGAGAGAGAGGGAGGAGUAUGAAGAGAGGAGGAGUAUGCGGAGAGGGAGGGCGAGAGGAGAGAGGGAGGAGAGAGAGAGGAGACAAGAGAGAGGGGGAGUAUGAGAAGAGGGAGGCGAGAGGAGGGAGGACGAGAGAGAGGGAGGAGUAUGAGAGAGAGGGAGGACGAGAGAGGGAGGACGAGAGAAGAGGAGAGGGGGCAGAGCGAGGGGGGACGGAGAGAGAGGGGAGGACGAGAGAGAGGGAGGGACGAGAGAGAGGGAGGAGAGGACGAGAGAGAGAGGAGAGGCGAAAGAGAGAGAGGGGGACUGAGAGAGAGGGAGAGGCGAGAGCGUGAGAGAGGAGGGCGAGAGAGGGAGAGGAGGGAGGGGGAGAGAGGAGAGGCGAGAGAGAGGGAGGACGAGAGAGAGAGGCGAGGGGUCGAGAGAGUGGAGGGAAGAGGAGAGGGACGAGAGAGGGAGAGAAGACGCGAGAGCGGAGGGAGGACGAGAGAGAGGAGGAGAGAGCGAGAGAGAGGGAGGGGAGAGAGAGAGGGAGGGAUGCGGAGGAGGGGGGCGAGAGAGAGGGAGGAGAGCGAGAGGGAGGACGAAGAGAGGGGAGGGGGAGGUGAUAGACGAGGGCGGAGAGAUGAGGGGACGAGAGGGGAGGCGAGAGACGAGUCCGAGAAGAGGAGGCGGAACGAGAAGGGGGAGUUUUCCACGAGGGGGGGGGGGGGAGACACCUUGAGAUUGUUGAUUAGGAGGACAGAGGAUUAUGGCAAAGAGGUCGAAUAAUGAAGGAUUCAAUUUGGGUGGAGUGUAAUGUCACUGUAUAUGUACUGGAAGCAUUCCAUCAAACCUUUCUAUAACAUAAAGACAUUUGGUUCAGGUAGAAGAAGUGUUAUAGAUAAAAUUAUGCAUAUGAAUCUGACUGUUCUUUCCUGUUCCCCCAGCAGGCUGAGUUGAAGCAGGAUGUAGAAGUAGAUGCUCCACAGGAAAAGCCAGUCCUCCUGUCCUACAGACCUCAUCCCAGAGCUGGCCCUUCCAACCUGAGGCUGGGUACCACACUGUCCUCUAUCCCCAAGAGCAUCACCAUCACCCCAUCUCCUGUACCCAGCUCCACUCCAUCCCCUGUCCCCACUGUCACACAGUCUCCUGUCCCCAAGACCAAUACCCCUGUCCCUACCAUAACACAGUUUUCUGUCCCCAAAAUCAUCACACCGUCCACUGUCCCUAGCAUCAUAACACCAUCCCCUGUAACCAACAGUGUCACACCGUCUCCUGUCCCCAUCAGUGUCACACCUUCUCCUGUCCCCAGCAGUAAUGCCAUCAGAGAUGCUCUAGAAAAGGGCACUGCCAAAGCACAUGCCACAGAGAAGACCAUCACACAGUCCCCUGUUCCUAGUCCCAUCACACUGUCCCCUGUUCCUAGUCCCAUCACACAGUCCCCUGUUCCUAGUCCCAUCACACUGUCCCCUGUCCCUAGUCCCAUCACACUGUCCCCUGUACCUAGUCCCAUCACACUGUCCCCUGUUCCUAGUCCCAUCACACUGUCCCCUGUCCCUAGCCCCAUCGUACUGUCCCCUGUCCCUAGCCCCAUCACACUGUCCCCUGUCCCUAGCCCCAUCACACUGUCCCCUGUCCCCAGCUCCACUCCGUCCCCUGUCCCAAGCUCCACUCUGUCCCCUGUCCCAAGCUCCACUCGGUCCCCUGUCCCAAGCUCCACUCGGCCCCCUGUCCCCAGUACCACCUGGUCCCCUGUCCCCAGUACCACCUGGUCCCCUGUCCCCAGUACCACCCGGUCCCCUGUCCCCAGUACCACCCGGUCCCCUGUCCCCAGUACCACUCGGUCCCCUGUCCCCAGCUCCACUCGGUCCCCUGUCCCCAGCUCCACUCUGUCCCCUGUCCCAAGCUCCACUCGGUCCCCUGUCCCCAGUACCACUCGGUCUCCUGUCUCUAGCAUCUAUACACCGUCCCCUUUCUACAGGACCAUCACUCCAUCCCCUGUGGUUAGCAGCACGGCCAUAAGAGAAGCUCUGAAGAAGAGCACCGCCAAAACACGUGCUCCAGAGAAGACCACUGUCACUCCGCUGUCCGUUACAACCAGACCCCACCCCCAGGAGCCAGCUGAGCCCCACCCCCAGGAGACGCCCAGCAGCAGAGGUAAAAUAGUAGAGCAGCAUGGGAGAUUGAGUCCCCAUCACAUUACAAUGCUGAGCUGAAUAUAUUGAGAUUAUUGUGAAUGAUUAUUGUGGGAGAAACAGAUUCUGGCCACAGAAUCCAGAAGCAUGUAGACACCAGGGCACCUGCACAUUUUUAACACAAUGUUAAUUAAGUUAUGACAGGCAGUUCUCUUCCCUGCCACCUGGGGGCUAUGUGAGAAGGAUUAUCUGACUUUGAAGCACUUUCACCUGGUGUGUUGUUAUAAUGGACAGUUCAUGGUUCUGCUUCAGACCCCUUCAGUGUAGGUUAGGUUCUUACUGUGGUUAGCGAGCGGGAUUUUUUUCCCCAGCCCAGCCCAGUGUCCUAGCCAAUCACUGCCUCAGCCCACUGGAAUCUUUAUGAACUGGCAGACUAAAAGCAGGCCAGCCUUAGGGGGAUGAAACCAGUUUGACUGUGAUUGUGUCAUGGUCACACAUCCGCUCGUCUCUCUCUCUCUCUCUCUCUCUCUCUCUCUAUCUCCUCUCUUAUCUUUCUUCUCUCUCUUCUCUCUCGGUCUUCACGUAUCUAUUCUCUCUUGCUAUCUCUCUUCCUUCUCUCGUCUCCCCUCAACUCUCUCUGUAUCCUCUCUCCCCCCUCUCUCUCUUCCUCAUCUCUUUAGUCGUACCAUCCAUCCCUCUCUUGUCUCUCUCUCUCUCCCCCCUCUCGCUCUCUGUCUCUCUUUCUCGCUCUCUCUCUGUCUCCCUUUCUCUCCCUCUCUCUCUGUCUGUCUCUCUCUCUCCCCCCUCUCUCUGUCUCUCUCUCUCUCUCCCUCUCUCUCUCUUUCUCACUCCCCCGCUCUCUGUCUCUCUUUCUCGCUCUCUCUGGGAAAUCUCUCUCCCCUUCCUAUGUCUCAUUGUCUGUAGUUCUCCACAGUCCCUGUAACAUGACUUGUAUCAGUGUAUGAUUGUGAUUAGAUAUCUUACGUCUCUGACCCUCACAUAUAGUUUUCAUGGCUUUGCCCUUGUAGUUGAUUGCUUUGUGGCAGCUUAUCUAUUUUUCUUGUUGCAAGAAAUGAGUUCAUUUGGCCUCCCCUUUUCCAUAGAAUUCCUCAGUAUCUUAGGUUGUCUAGUUUUCCCUAACUGUCUAAUAUUAGGAGUGAGUUUAGUGUCAGUCUAAUUAGCAGUGUUUGGACCGUGUUCCUCUAGCUGAUCAGGAUAGGCUGGUGGUUUUGAUCAGAGGCCCACAUCCCUGCUCAACAGACAAGUGGCCUAGUUCACAAACCAGAGCGACAGACAGGGAGCUAGACCAGCACCACCCAGUGGACGACUGAUCACACUGCAGUCAGUCCUCUACCAGAGUUAGUAGGAACAACAUUUCUACCUCUAUAGUCUCCCCUGGCUGGAUAUAUACUAACCUUACAACGAGGUGAAGAAUUGUGUUUUUUUGUCUUGGCUGAGGUACCUGUAAUUCAGGUAGAACGUAUAGAGACCGUUCAAGUCAACAUGUAGAGGCCUUAUGCAUAGCAGCGGGAAGUAGUUUGGGGGUUGGGGUGCUAACAUGGGGGGGGGUGCAGAAAAAUGUCCCAUGCUGAAGACGUCUAUAUCGGCCUGCUAAUACAGGACUAGUAAAUGCCAAGUGCACUACUUUUGUAAGAGAAAAAAUAACUAAAGGUAUUUCAGUAUUUACCAGCAUUUGUAACUUGAGUCUGAUAAUUAUCUGAACAAAACAGUUAAUCUGAUAAUACUUGUGGAAUAUAAAAAUACUUACUUGAUAUAUGUUUUCCAGUUUCUUGAAAUACUUUGCAAAUGCAACAUAUUUCUAUGUGAAAACUUCUUACAGGUUUUGGUUUUUCCAUUUAUGUUUUGAGGUUAGACUUUAGCAUGAAUAGACUCUUUGCAUGAAUAGCGACAUUUUUUGUUUUUUUGCUGGGUAUCGUAACAAAAAGUGGGCUCAUCCGGGAUAUAGUCUCCCAUGAGUAUGGUAGUCGCUCUAAUCACCUACUCUGAAGCUCUGCUGUGCCCAUAUAUUUCAUUCGUAUAAUGUGGAACUCAAGACUGAUCUAAUUUCUGUCUCCAUUGUCGUUGGAGUGAAGGGGGUCUCAUUCAUUUUGGGAAACGAUUUGGCUGGAGGGAAGGUCGUGCAAAAUCCUGUCGUUUGUAAGGAACCCAGAGUAGAGGAACCUGAUGGGUUAUCAGAAAAGUGCCCUAGAGUGUUCCCAGCAUGUGCUGUUACACAUGCUAUGUCUAAGAAAGUCGCCUGUAGCAAGUCUAGUGUUGAGAAGGAUGUCCGCGAUCCCACCAUGGUCGGUCUGUCUGAGACAUUUAUGGGUGAUCCUGAUAUUCGCUAAACCUGAGUUGACCUCUCCUUUGAAAACCCCAAAGGUGAGCGAGUUUGUAGGACCCGCUGAAGGAAAAGAGGGUCCCUACAGUUGACACUUCGAUGUCUAAGAAGCAGCUGAUUGCGGAACAGAGUAAAGAUGUUUCCCUCUCCCCUCUCUUUGCUGAGAUACAUCCAGAGGAGGAGUUUGAUGAAGUUUGUGUGGGUUACUUUGACAGAGAUGGUGUUCUAAUGAGGAAAUGGCGUUCUCGCGCCACUUCUGGGCAAGACGAUUGGCCCAGUGUAUCUCAAAUUGUCGUUCCAGUUAUGUUUCGACAACAGAUAUUGAGGUUGGCUUACAAUGGUAGUAUGGCAGGCCAUUUUGGGGUCAACAAGACGUAUGACCGUAUCUUGCGUAACUUCUUCUGGCCUGAUCUGAAAUAGGAUGUUGUGUCUUACUGUAAAUCUUGUCGCGUUUGCCAGCAGUUUACCUGUUGCACCUUUUUAGCCUAUUCCUGCUUUUGACUAACCUUUCAGCAGGGUUCUGGUGGACUGUGUUGGUCCUUUGCCCAAAGCGAAGAUUGUUCACCAGUUUCUCUUAACCAUCAUGUGUGCUGCCAGUCAUUUCCCUGAGGCCAUUCCACUGAGGAAAAUCACAGCUCAGAGUAUUGUUAAGGCCUUGUUAUUGUUAAGAAAUUAUUUUCAACGUUUGGACUUCCGCAGGUAGUGCAGUCGGACCAAGGUUCAAAUUUCAUGUCAAAGGUCUUCCAGCAAGUGCUAAAACAGUUGGGUGUAACUCAUUGCCCCUCUAGUACCUACCACCCAGAGUCUCAAGGUGCUCUUGAGAGAUUUCAUCAGACUUUGAAGUCUAUGUUAAGAGUUUACUGCUUUGAGUUUGAGGAACACUGGGAUGAAGGGGUCUUGUGCUGUUUGCAGCUCGGGAGGUUGAUAAGGAAUCCCUGUUUUAGUCCGAAUGAACUCAUGUUUGGACAUCAACUUAGAGGUCCUUUGUGUUUUCUAAGAGAGAGGUUGUUGCAGGGUGAGACCUUUUAAAAACAAAAACAAAUCUGGUGAAGCACGUUGGCACUUAUUUUAUUUUUUUACAGAUUGCACCGCGCCUGUGAGUUUGCCAGUGAGAAUCUGAAGAAGGCGCAAACGAAAAUGAAAGUUUGGUACGAUCGAAAGGCCUGAAACCGCACUUUUGAUGUGGGUGACCAAGUCCUGGUAUCGUUGCCCGUUCUUGGUUGACCGUUGCAGGCUCGCUUUUCAGGCCGUUUCCCGAUAGUGAAAAAAAUUGGUAAUCUAGAUUACAUCAUCGCCACACCUUAGCGCAGGAGAAAAACCAAGCUGUGUCAUGUCAAUAUGUUAAAACCAUACUUCACCUGCUACAAUCGGGCAGCGAAGUUGGUGUAAACUGGUAGUGACGUUCUGCCUGUAGCCGCUGCUGUCACCAUUGACUAUAGUCAUGAGGAAAUCCCAAUACACCCUGUGCCGGUUGGAUGGUUGAGUAACUCAGAGAUUCUAGAAAACCUUUAUGUAUUUUUGGCACACUUGUCUCUGGAGGAAAAAGGCGACAUUGUUGCACAUUAUCAUGGUUUAUUCUCGGACGUGCCAACGCAGACAAAUGUACUAGAGCAUGACAUUGACGUUGGGGACUCUGCCCCAAUCAAACAAAUUCUACUGAGGAAAAUCACAAGAGGAAAGUUACUACGGAUAUUGCAGGAGUUUCCCCUUGAAAUCAUACAUGUCCGUGGUAAGGACAUCUUGGUUGCUGAUUGUCUCUCAAGGGUGGGCAUUCAAUAAGUUUUGCGUUUAGCCCGUGUUUUUUUCCUUAUUGGAGAUGAGUAUUGUUUUGGUUGGGCUCGUUCCAAGGGGACGAGAGUUAUCGAAGCGUACGUGAGUUUUUCAAAACUUGGGAGCUUUAGGCAAUUAUAGAAAAAAUAAAUAAUAAUAAUAUAUAUACAUAUAUUUACAAAAUAUAAAAGUGUGUUUUUUCUUAUUUAAUUGUUGACAGCCAUUAAACACCAUGUUUUUCCAUUGGAGAAGGUGACGCAUUUAAGUAGCGACGUAUUUAAGUUGUUGGUGUUGUUUUCUGUUGGUGGUCAGCAAACUUGUCCAACAAAAAUAUAGGAUAUAUUUGUUGUCUUAAGGGGGAAGGUGUUACAGGUUUUGGUUUUUCAAUUUAUGUUUUGAGGUUGGACUUUAGCACGUAUAGCUCGUUAGCACGUAGGGCGCACCAAUUGGUGUCACCUCAUUAGUCAGUAUGUGUUACACCUGUGCUGGUUGCCUUCUCGUUAGUGGGAAGGUGUUUCACCUGUGCUGGCCCAGGUGCUAUUUAAGAGUGGUUGGCCCAGUGCUCCAGUUGUCUUGAUAGAUGCGGAGGGUUAACACCUUUAGUUGUCUUGAUAGAUGCGGAGGGUUCACACCUUUAGUUGUCUUGAUAGAUGCGGAGGGUUAACUCCUUUAGUGUUGAUAGAGCGGAGUGGUUAACACCUUUAGUUGUCUUGAUAGAUCGGAGGUUGCACCAACCCUUUAGUUGUCUUGAUAGAUGCGGAGUGUUAACACCUUUAGUUGUCUUGAUAGAUGCGGAGGGUUAACUCCCUUAGUUGUCUUGAUAGAUGUGGAGGGUUAACACCUUUAGUUGUCUUGAUAGAUGCGGAGGGUUAACACCUUUAGUUGUCUUGAUAGAUGCGGAGGGUUAACACCUGUAGUUGUUUGAUAGAUGGGCGGGGUUAACACCUUUAGUUGUCUUGAUAGAUGCGGAGGGUUAACACCUGUAGUUGUCUUGAUAGAUGCGGAGGGUUAACCUGUAGUUGUCUUGAUAGAUGCGGAGGGUUAACAUCUGUAGUUGUCUUGAUAGAUGCGGCGGGUUAACACCUUUAGUUGUCUUGAUAGAUGCGGAGGGUUAACACCUUUAGUUGUCUUGAUAGAUGCGGAGGGUUAACACCUUUAGUUGUCUUGAUAGAUGCGGAGGGUUAACACCUUUAGUUGUCUUGAUAGAUGCGGAGGGUUAACACCUUUAGUUGUCUUGAUAGAUGCGGCGGGUUAACACUGUAGUUGUCUUGAUAGAUGGGGGGUUAAGACCCUUUAGUUGUCUUGAUAGAUGCGGAGGGUUAACACCUUUAGUUGUCUUGAUAGAUGCGGAGGGUUAACACCUGUAGUUGUCUUGAUAGAUGCGGAGGGUUAACAUCUGUAGUUGUCUUGAUAGAUGCGGCGGGUUAACACCUUUAGUUGUCUUGAUAGAUGCGGAGGGUUAACACCUGUAGUUGUCUUGAUAGAUGCGGAGGGUUAACACCUGUAGUUGUCUUGAUAGAUGCGGAGGGUUAACAUCUGUAGUUGUCUUGAUAGAUGCGGAGGGUUAACACCUUUAGUUGUCUUGAUAGAUGCGGAGGGUUAACACCUGUAGUUGUCUUGAUAGAUGGGGCGGGUUAACACCUUUAGUUGUCUUGAUAGAUGCGGAGGGUUAACACCUUUAGUUGUCUUGAUAGAUGCGGAGGGUUAACACCUUUAGUUGUCUUGAUAGAUGCGGCGGGUUAACACCUGUAGUUGUCUUGAUAGAUGGGGCGGGUUAAGACCUUUAGUUGUCUUGAUAGAUGCGGAGGGUUAACACCUUUAGUUGUCUUGAUAGAUGCGGAGGGUUAACACCUGUAGUUGUCUUGAUAGAUGCGGAGGGUUAACACCUGUAGUUGUCUUGAUAGAUGCGGAGGGUUAACAUCUGUAGUUGUCUUGAUAGAUGCGGCGGGUUAACACCUUUAGUUGUCUUGAUAGAUGCGGAGGGUUAACACCUUUAGUUGUCUUGAUAGAUGCGGAGGGUUAACACCUUUAGUUGGCACUCCCUAUUUUGAUUUCUAGACAUACCUUUUUCUGAUUUAGUUUUGCUCAACUUUUUGGUGUGCUUCCUGUCUUUAAGUUUGUUGUGGGAUUUUAUUUUGUUUGCCUCUUAUUGGGCAAAUUUAGUGGGCGCUCAUGGUCGGUGUCUUUUAGGUCCCAGUUGUUGUUGCUAUGCAACUUUCAGUGGACACCCCCAUGCGUGUCUUUUAGAACCCCUCCUAAAACCCCACCUGUUUUGUUUAGUUGUUGUCAUUGACCCUUUGUUAGUUCCCCCUUCUGUUUGAGUGACAUUUUUGGUUUUCUUGCUGGGGAACGUAGCAAACUGAAAUGGUCUAUAGAUAAUUUUUCCAUUUUAGUAAAUGCUUUUAUCCAGAACAACUUACAGCAGUGAGUGCAUAUAUUUUCGUACUGGUCCCCCGUGGGAAUGAUUAACACUCAACACAACAAAAAACCCUAGAGUAUUUAAAUUGUAGUAAAUUUGACUAAAUUACUAACUUCAAAUGUACCAAGUAUAAUAUAUUAUACUUAUAAAUAUUAUCGACAUAAAAAUAAAACAGUCAUCCAAAAUGUGACUAGAGGACAAUAUUCAAAAAGUAUUUCAAAACCCACACAAGGUAGGCUAUUUGACUUACAACGAUUCUUACUUAUGUAAAAAUGCAAACAACUAUUCAGAGACUAUUUCAAAAUGUAUGUAACCUCUCUCAAUAAGAUGCAGUACAGACCAGGCCUGACACAAAAUGUAGAAGUAGUAGCCUACUUUGACAAUUCAGUGAAUGCAACAAGUAUUAGAUAGAGACAGAUAGAGAGAGAAGACACAAAACACAACUGUUCCACAGACCAAAGAUUUGUAGGACAAAUUCAAAUUUCACACUGUCACUUCAGUGUUUGCAGUUAGCCUACAACAUGUCAUAGAACCCCUGCCAUUGUCACUUUAGGCCCAGGCUGUGUGGUACAAGGGUGAAUGGUGGGACUUAGGGCAGACACGCCAUGGAAACGUUGGCUCCCCUCUCGGGUGUGCUCUCCCUCUUCAUCCUCUCCCUCCUCUUCCUCCUCCUCUCACUCUCCCCAUGUUCUGCUCCCUCCACUUUUUUCUCCCUCUUCCUCUCUCACUCCUCUUCCUCUCUCCCUCCACUCUCCUCUCACUCCACUCCACAUCUCUAUACCUCCAAUCAGCUCUAACUCCUCUUCCUCCCUGCAUUUUGCUGCUAAGCCCUAACUCUCCACAUCACUUCCUUUGCUUUCACUGACCUAGAGGAUCAGAGUAACAGAGGGAGAGGAGAUGAGCAACAAAUAGGAUCCAAUUGUGGUCAGGAACAUAAUCUCUCUCUCACUAUCUCUUCCUUCCUCUCUUUCUACUUCUCAACUAUACACACACUCUUUUCCUAAUAAGGGGUUUCCAUAAUAAAUUGUGUGAUACAGUUACACGCCUCCCAAUUCCACACACACAUACUCUCUCUCUCCUCCAAUCAACUCUUGCUUUAUUGCCUGACAGACUAACUACAGAGUUUGCCAAUGUUAGCUGAUUAGUUACGAAGCUGGGACAGUUUCCAAAUGAAUUGCAUCAGUAGAAACAGGACAAAACAAGCAAUGUAAACAAAUAUCCAACUCAUAUGAGCUCCACUGCGUGGGCAUCUACUACCCUAACAUGAUAGCUAAGCUGUCAAAUAAUAGGAAAACGAGGCUAUGAAUAUCUGCACCUAGCAAACACGACAAACAUUAACCUAAGCCCAACAGAUAAACACAAAUUACUCUAGCCUUCAUUUCGGUGGCUAGGUACAGUGCAUUCGGAAAGUAUUCAGACCCCUUGCCUUUUCCAGAUUCUGUUACGGUACAGCCUUAUUCUAAAAUUGAUUUAAAAAAGAAUAAUCCUCAGCAAUCUACACACAAUACCCCAUAAUGUCAAAGAGAAAACACGUUUUUAGAAAUGUUUGCAAAUGUAUUACACAUAAAAAACAGAUACCCUAUUUACAUAAGUAUUCAGACCUUUUGCUAUGAGACUCAAAAUUGAGCUCAGGUGCAUCCUGUUUCCAUUGAUCAUCCUUGAGAUGUUUCUAGAACUUGAUUGGAGUCCACCUGUGGUAAAUUCAAUUGAUUGGACAUAAUUUGGAAAGGCUCACACUGUAUAAGGUCCUACAGUUGACAGUGCAUGUCAGAGCAAUAACCAAGCCAUGAGAUCGAAGGAAUUGUCCAUAGAGCUCCGAGACAGGAUUGUGUCGAGGCACAGAUCUGGGGAAUGGUACCAAAAAAUUUCUGCAGCAUUGAAGGUCCACAAGAACACUGGCCUCCAUCAUUCUUAAAUGGAAGAUAAUUUGGAACCACCAAGACUCUUCCUAGAGCUGGCCGCCCGGCCAAACUGAGUAAUUCGGGGGAGAAGGGCCUUGGUCAGGGAGGUGACCAAGAACUCGAUGGUCACUCUGACAGAGCUCCAGAGUUCCUCUGUGGAGAUGGUAGAACCUUCCAGAAGGACAAACAUCUCUGCAGCACUCCACCAAUCAGGCCUUUAUGGUAGAGUGACCAGACGGAAGCCACUCCUCAGUAAAAGGCACAUGACAGCCCGCUUGGAGUUUGGCAAAAGGCACCCAAAACUCUCAGAAAAUGAGAAACAAGAUUAUCUGCUCUGAUGAAACCAAGAUUGAACUCUUUGGCCUGAAUACCAAGCGUCACGUCUGGAGGAAACCUGGUACCAUCCCUACGGUGAAGCAUGGUGGUGGCAGCAUCAUGCUGUGGUGAUGUUUUUCAGCGGCAGGGACUGGGAGACUAGUCAGGAUAGAGGCAAAGAUGAAUGGAGCAAAUUACAGAGAGAUCCUUGAUGAAAACCUGCUCCAGAGCGCUCAGGACCACAGACUGGGGCAAAGGUUCACCUUCCAACAGGACAACGACCCUAAGCACACAGCCAAGACAACACAGAAGUAGCUUCGGGACAAGUCUCUGAAUGUCCUUGAGUGGCCCAGCCAGAGCACGGACUUGAACCCGAUCGAACAUCUCUGGAGAGGAUAGCUGUGCAGCAACGCUCCCCAUUCAACCUGACAGAGCUUGAGAGGAUCUGCAGAGAAGAAUGGGAGAAACUCCCCAAAUACAGGUGUGCCAUUACGGAGUGUAAUAGUGUUUAAUACCAUAUAGCUAGCCUAUUAUCAUAAUUCAUUGUGUCAUAGCCAAGAAGACUCGAUGCUGUAAUCGCUGCCAAAGGUGCUUCAAAAACGUACUGAGUAAAGGGUCUGAAUACUCAUGUAAAUGUGAUAUUUCAGGUUUUUAUCUAUUUAUAAAUUAGCAAAAAUUUCUACAAACUUGUUUUUGCUUUGUCAUCAUUAUUGUGGGGUAUUUCUAACAGUCUUGAAGGAGUUCCGAAAUAUGCUGAGCACUUGUUGGCUGCUUUUCCAUCACUCUGCAGUCCAACUCAUCCCAAGCUUCAUGGUGGGAACCACACAUGCGGAGAUCAUCCAUUCACCUACUCUGCGUCUCACGAAGACACAGCGGUUGGAACCAAAAAUCUCAAAUUUGGACUGAUCAGACCAAAGGACAGAUUUCCACAGGUCUAAUGUCCAUUGCUCGUGUAUCUUGGCCCAAGCAAGUAUUUUCUUCUUAUUGGUGUCCUUUAGUAGUGGUUUCUUUGCAGCAAUUCAACCAUGAAGGCCUGAUUCACGCAGUCUCCUCUGAACAGUUAAUGUUGAGAUGUGUCAGUUACUUGAGCUCUAUGAAGCAUUUAUUUGGGCUGCAAUCUGAGGUGCAGUUAAUUGCCGAUUUCUGAGGCUGGUAACUCUAAUGAACUUAUCUUCUGCAGCAGAGGUAACUCUGGGUCUUUCAUUCCUGUGGCGGUCCUCAUGAGAGCCAGUUUCAUCAUAGCGCUUGAUGGUUUUUGCGACUGCACUUGAAGAAACUUUCAAAGUUCUUGAAAUGUUCCAUAUUGACUGACCUUAAUGUCUUAAAGUAAUGAUGGACUGUCGUUUCUCUUUGCUUAUUUGAGCUGUUCUUGCAAUAAUAUGGACUUGGUCUUUUACCAAAUAGGGCUAUCUUCUGUAUACCAACCCUACCUUGUCACAACACAACUGAUUGGCUCAAACGCAUUAAGAAGGAAAGAAAUUAACCUCUCUUGAUUACAACCAAAUUAUGACAAAUGUACUAUAUUACGUAUUGGAUCACUAAAAAAUACAAUUUUUACAUUACCAUGUAGUUUACCAAUAAAAUGGUCUGAUGGUGAUGUGGAUAUACUCGGAAUACAUAUCCCAAAGGAAGUAAAUGAUCUCACUUCAAUACAUUUUAAUAGAAAGUUAGCAAAAAUAGAUAAGAUCUUACUACCAUGGAAAGGAAAAUACCUGUCAAUUUGUGGAAAAAUCACCCUGAUUAACUCUUUAGUAUUAUCCCAGUUUACCUAUUUGCUUAUAGUCUUGCCUAUGCCUUAAAUUAUAUGAGAAAAAAAUAUUCAAUUUUAUUUGGAACAGCAAGCCAGACAAAAUUAAAAGGGCCUAUUUAUAUAAUGAAUAUGAAUUCGGAGGACAGAAAUUAUUAAAUAUUAAAGCAUUAGACCUAUCACUAAAAGCUUCAGUCAUACAAAAGUCCGAACUGGUUCUCAAGCAAAUUAGUAAGAUUGUCUCACCCAAUGUUCAAGAAAGGCCUUUUUCCCUUUAUUCAGAUUACAACAACUCAUUUUCAGUUAUUUGAAAAGGAAAUCAUCUCCCAAAUAUCACUAUUUCUAAAACAAGCCAUAGAAAGUUGGUUGCAAUUUCAAUUUAAUCCUCCAGAAACGACAGAACAAAUAAUGCAACAAAUAUUGUGGUUAAAUUCAAAUAUACUAAUUGACAAAAAACCUUUAUUUUUUGACAGAAUGUUUAAAAAAGGUAUAAUCUUCGUAAAUGAUAUCAUCGGUAGGACUGGUGGAGUUAUGUCGCACAUGCAGCUAACAAAAACAUAUGGAAAUGUCUGCUCUACCCAAAAUUACAACCAAAUAAUUGCAGCCUUACCUCAAAAGUGGAAGAGGAAAGUGGAAGGGGGAGAAAGUAAGGAACUGGUCUGUCGGCCUUGCAUUAAAGAACAUAAUUGGUUAAGGAAAACUGUGAUAAAUAAAAAAGUAUAUCAGUUUCACUUAAGGACCAAAGGAUUGACAGCCGUCCCAUUUAGAUUGCAAAAUAGUUGGGAAGAGAUUUUUGACGUACCGAUCUCAUGGCAUAGUGUUUAUGAACUGACACGCAAAACGACACCGGAUUCAAAAAUUAGAAUCUUUCAAUUUAAAAUAUUAUAUAAAAUUCUUGCUACCAAUAUAAUGUUAUUUAUAUGGGGGAUACAAUCUUCCCAGCUCUGCAGAUUUUGCUGUGAAGAGACAGAAUCAUUAGAUCAUUUGUUUUGGUUCUGUCCAUUUGUAGCUUGUUUUUGGACACAGGUUCAGGAAUGGCUAAAGGAUUGCAAUAUUUACCUGGAGCUAACCUUGCAGAUAGCAUUACUGGGUGAUCUGAAAAGUCAUAGUCAAUCGAUCAAUAAUAUAAUAAUACUUUUAGCAAAAAUGUUUAUUUUUAAUUCACAAUCUGUAGAAGCAAUGAGAAUAGAAAGGUUCAGAACUUUUGUAAAACAUCACAGUACAGUUGAAAUAUAUAUGGCAAAUAGAAAUCCUAUAUGGAUGGUGUUAAGAGAUAGAUGGGAGGUAUUGAAUGGAGUUGAAGGAUGGGACUAAUAACAAAUAACAACAAAUAAUAACAAGAUAACUAAUAAUGUAAGCAUACUGUGUCCAUAAUAAGUAUAUAGGUUGUAUGUUGGGAGCUUUUGGGAAAGAGCACAGUUAGAAAGAUAUGGCAUAUAGAAGCAAACCGGAUGGACAUAAUCGGAGAGGUUGAGAGUAGAAGAAGUUCAGGAGCAAAAAAAACAACUAAUAAAAUAUAAUUAUUGUAAAAUUGACUGUGUCCAUAAGGUGUAGAUAGUAAGUAUAGGCUGGAAGUAGAGGCCUGGGCAUUGUUGUUCACUAAUUUACCCCAAGUAGGGAAAGGAUGGCGGGGUUGAAAAGUAAUAAAGGGGAGUAUAUAUAUAAAAAACAUGGGGGAUUGGAAGUGAUGCAGACAAUUACAUUGAUAGAAGUUACAAUCUAUCUGCAAUAUUAAGCUGAUCUACCCCCAUAAAAAAAAAAGAAGGAAAGAAAUUCCACUAAUUAACUUUUAAGAAGGCACACCUGUUAAUUUAAAUGCAUUCCAGGUGACUACCUCAUGAAGCUGGUUGAGAGAAUUCCAAGAGUGUGCAAAGCUGUCAUCAAGGCAAAUGGUGGCUACUUUGAAGAAUCUCAAAUAUUAAAUAUAUUUUGAUUUGUUAAACACCUUUUUGGUUACUACAUGAUUCCAUAUGUGUUAUUUCAUAGUUUUGAUGUCUUCACUAUUAUUCUACAAUGUAGAAAAUAGUACAAAUAAAGAAAAAUCCUUGAAUGAGUAGGUGUGUCCAAACCUUUGACUGGUACUUUUGACUGGUGUGUGUAUAUAUAUAUAUAUAUAUAUAUAUACAUAUAUACUACCAUUCAAAAGUUUUGGGUCACUUAGAAAUGUUCUUGUUUAGUUUUUUGUCCAUUAAUAUAACAUCAAAUUAAUCAGAAAAACAGUGUAGACAUUGUUAAUGUUGUAAAUGGCUAUUGCAAAAAAAAAGCCAUAUCUCAGACUGGCCAAUAAAAAUAAAAGAUUGAAAUGGGCAGUCUGAGAUAUGGCUUUUUCUUUGCAACUCUGCCUAGAAGGUCAGCAUCCCGGAGUCGCCUCUUCACUGUUGACGUUGAGACUGAUGUUUUGCGGGUUUAAUCAGCACAACAAUUUUCAGCUGUGCUAACAUAAUUGCAAAAGGGUUUUCUAAUGAUCAAUUAUCCUUUUAAAAUGAUAAACUUGGAUUAGCAAACAUAACGUGCCAUUGGAACACAGAACUGAUGGUUGCUGAUAAUGGGCCUCUGUACGCCUAUGUAGAUAUUCCAUUAAAAAUCAGCCAUUUCCAGCUACAAUAGCCAUUUACAACAUUAACAAUGUCUACACUGUAUUUCUGAUCAAUUUGAUGUUAUUUUAAUGGACAAAGAAAUUGUUUUUCUUUUGAAAACAAGGACAUUUCUAAGUGACCCCAAACUUUUGAACGGUAGUGUAUAUAUAUAUAUUUAUAUAUAUAUACAGUGGGGGAAAAAAGUAUUUAGUCAGCCACCAAUUGUGCAAGUUCUCCCACUUAAAAAGAUGAGAGAGGCCUGUAAUUUUCAUCAUAGGUACACGUCAACUAUGACAGACAAAUUGAGAAAAAAAAAGUCCUGAAAAACACAUUGUAGGAUUUUUUAUGAAUUUAUUUGCAAAUUAUGGUGGAAAAUAAGUAUUUGGUCACCUACAAACAAGCAAGAUUUCUGGCUCUCACAUACCUGUAACUUCUUCUUUAAGAGGCUCCUCUGUCCUCCACUCGUUACCUGUAUUAAUGGCACCUGUUUGAACUUGUUAUCAGUAUAAAAGACACCUGUCCACAACCUCAAACAGUCACACUCCAAACUCCACUAUGGCCAAGACCAAAGAGCUGUCAAAGGACACCAGAAACAAAAUUGUAGACCUGCACCAGGCUGGGAAGACUGAAUCUGCAAUAGGUAAGCAGCUUGGUUUGAAGAAAUCAACUGUGGGAGCAAUUAUUAGGAAAUGGAAGACAUACAAGACCACUGAUAAUCUCCCUCGAUCUGGGGCUCCACGCAAGAUCUCACCCCGUGGGGUCAAAAUGAUCACAAGAACGGUGAGCAAAAAUCCCAGAACCACAUGGGGGGACCUAGUGAAUGACCUGCAGAGAGCUGGGACCAAAGUAACAAAGCCUACCAUCAGUAACACACUACGCCGCCAGGGACUCAAAUCCUGCAGUGCCAGACGUGUCCCCCUGCUUAAGCCAGUACAUGUCCAGGCCCGUCUGAAGUUUGCUAGAGUGCAUUUGGAUGAUCCAGAAGAGGAUUGGGAGAAUGUCAUAUGGUCAGAUGAAACCAAAAUAUAACUUUUUGGUAAAAACUCAACUCGUCGUGUUUGGAGGACAAAGAAUGCUGAGUUGCAUCCAAAGAACACCAUACCUACUGUGAAGCAUGGGGGUGGAAACAUCAUGCUUUGGGGCUGUUUUUCUGCAAAGGGACCAGGACGACUGAUCCGUGUAAAGGAAAGAAUGAAUGGGGCCAUGUAUCGUGAGAUUUUGAGUGAAAACCUCCUUCCAUCAGCAAGGGCAUUGAAGAUGAAACGUGGCUGGGUCUUUCAGCAUGACAAUGAUCCCAAACACACCGCCCGGGCAACGAAGGAGUGGCUUCGUAAGAAGCAUUUCAAGGUCCUGGAGUGGCCUAGCCAGUCUCCAGAUCUCAACCCCAUAGAAAAUCUUUGGAGAGAGUUGAAAGUCUGUGUUGCCCAGCGACAGCCCCAAAACAUCACUGCUCUAGAGGAGAUCUGCAUGGAGGAAUGGGCCAAAAUACCAGCAACAGUGUGUGAAAACCUUGUGAAGACUUACAGAAAACGUUUGACCUGUGUCAUUGCCAACAAAGGGUAUAUAACAAAGUAUUGAGAAACUUUUGUUAUUGACCAAAUACUUAUUUUCCACCAUUAUUUGCAAAUAAAUUCAUAAAAAAUCCUACAAUUUUCCUCAUUUUGUCUGUCAUAGUUGACGUGUACCUAUGAUGAAAAUUACAGGCCUCUCUCAUCUUUUUAAGUGGGAGAACUUGCACAAUUGGUGGCUGACUAAAUACUUUUUUCCCCCACUGUAUAUGGAACUACUCCAAAGAGAGCUAGGCAAACAGAGAGAGACAGCCAUGGUUUCAUCGGUGUGUACAUUAUGUAUUUUUUUGGGGUUGUACUUAAUAUGACUGUGAUAUGUGGUUGUCCCACCUAGCUAUCUUAAGAUGAAUGCACUAAUUGUAAGUCACUCUGGAUAAGAGCAUCUGCUAAAUGACUAAAAUGUAAAUGUAAAAUGUUUGGGGAGUCUCCCAUAUGCCUUUUGGCGAACACCAAACGUGUUUGCUUAUUUUUGUCUUUAAUCAAUGGCAUUUUUUCUGGCCACUCUUCCGUAAAGCCCAGCUCUGUGGAGUGUACGGCUUAAAGUGGUCCUAUGGACAGAUACUCCAAUCUCCGCUGUGGAGCUUUGCAGCUCCUUCAGGGUUAUCUUUGGUCUCUUUGUUGCCUCUCUGAUUAAUGCCCUCCUUGCCUGGUCCGUGAGUUUUGGUGAGUGGCCCUCUCUUGGCAGGUUUGUUGUAGUGCCAUAUUCUUUCCAUUUUUUAAUAAUGGAUUUAAUGGUGCUAUGUGCAAUGUUCAAAGUUUCUGAUAUUUUUUUAUAACCCAACCCUGAUCUGUACUUCUCCAAAACUUUGUCCCUGACAUGUUUGGAGAGCUCCUUGGUCUUCAAGGUGCCGCUUGCUUGGUGGUGCCCCUUGCUUAGUGGUGUUGCAGACUUUUGUGCCUUUCAGAACAGGUGUAUAUAUACAGUGGGGGAAAAAAGUAUUUAGUCAGCCACCAAUUGUGCAAGUUCUCCCACUUAAAAAGAUGAGAGAGGCCUGUAAUUUUCAUCAUAGGUACACGUCAACUAUGACAGACAAAAUGAGGAAAAAAAAUCCAGAAAAUCACAUUGUAGGAUUUUUAAUGAAUUUAUUUGCAAAUGAUGGUGGAAAAUAAGUAUUUGGUCAAUAACAAAAGUUUCUCAAUACUUUGUUAUAUACCCUUUGUUGGCAAUGAUACAGGUCAAACGUUUUCUGUAAGUCUUCACAAGGUUUUCACACACUGUUGCUGGUAUUUUGGCCCAUUCCUCCAUGCAGAUCUCCUCUAGAGCAGUGAUGUUUUGGGGCUUUCGCUGGGCAACACGGACUUUCAACUCCCUCCAAAGAUUUUCUAUGGGGUUGAGAUCUGGAGACUGGCUAGGCCACUCCAGGACCUUGAAAUGCUUCUUACGAAGCCACUCCUUCGUUGCCCGGGCGGUGUGUUUGGGAUCAUUGUCAUGCUGAAAGACCCAGCCACGUUUCAUCUUCAAUGCCCUUGCUGAUGGAAGGAGGUUUUCACUCAAAAUCUCACGAUACAUGGCCCCAUUCAUUCUUUCCUUUACAUGGAUCAGUCGUCCUGGUCCCUUUGCAGAAAAACAGCCCCAAAGCAUGAUGUUUCCACCCCCAUGCUUCACAGUAGGUAUGGUGUUCUUUGGAUGCAACUCAGCAUUCUUUGUCCUCCAAACACGACGAGUUGAGUUUUUACCAAAAAGUUAUAUUUUGGUUUCAUCUGACCACAUGACAUUCUCCCAAUCCUCUUCUGGAUCAUCCAAAAGCACUCUAGAAAACUUCAGACGGGCCUGGACAUGUACUGGCUUAAGCAGGGGGACACGUCUGGCACUGCAGGAUUUGAGUCCCUGGCGGCGUAGUGUGUUACUGAUGGUAGGCUUUGUUACUUUGGUCCCAGCUCUCUGCAGGUCAUUCACUAGGUCCCCCCAUGUGGUUCUGGGAUUUUUGCUCACUGUUCUUGUGAUCAUUUUGACCCCACGGGGUGAGACCUUGCGUGGAGCCCCAGAUCGAGGGAGAUUAUCAGUGGUCUUGUAUGUCUUUCAUUUCCUAAUAAAUGCUCCCACAGUUGAUUUCUUCAAACCAAGCUGCUUACCUAUUGCAGAUUCAGUCUUCCCAGCCUGGUGCAGGUCUACAAUUUUGUUUCUGGUGUCCUUUGACAGCUCUUUGGUCUUGGCCAUAGUGGAGUUUGGAGUGUGACUGUUUGAGGUUGUGGACAGGUGUCUUUUAUACUGAUAACAAGUUCAAACAGGUGCCAUUAACACAGGUAACGAGUGGAGGACAGAGGAGCCUCUUAAAGAAGAAGUUACAGGUCUGUGAGAGCCUGAAAUCUUGCUUGUUUGUAGGUGACCAAAUACUUAUUUUCCACCAUAAUUUGCAAAUAAAUUCAUUAAAAAUCCUACAAUUUGAUUUUCUGGAGAAAAAAAAUCUCAAUUUGUCUGUCAUAGUUGACGUGUACCUAUGAUGAAAAUUACAGGCCUCUCUCAUCUUUUUAAGUGGGAGAACUUGCACAAUUGGUGGCUGACUAAAUACUUUUUUUCCCCACUGUAUUGAUACUUAGAUCAUGUAACAGAUCAUGUGACAUUUAGAGUGCGCACAGGUGGACCUUAUUUAACUAAUUAUGUGACUUCUGAAGGUAAUUGGUUGCACCAGAUCUUAUUUAGGGGCUUCUUAGCAAAGGGGGUGAAUACAUAUGCACGCACCACUUAUCCGUUAUUUAUUUUUUAGAAUUUCUUGAAACAAGUUGUUUUUUUCAUUUCACUUCACCAAUUACAGGUUGUAAUGCAACAUAAUAGGAAAAAUGCCAAGGGGGAUGAAUACUUUUGCAGGGCAGUGUAUAAGAAAUGAGUGUGUUAAUGUGUGUGUAUAUAUUGACCUAGAGUCAUGCACGUCAAUGGUGGUGGGGUUGGGGUAGAGAGUAUUGUGUAUAUGCGUGCAUAUCAGUCUCCUGCAGCUGCUGGCUCGCUGAGUGUGCUUGUUUCUCCCUUGUCUUUCCUCUUCACCUUCAGAGGGAAGGACACACAUUCCAGUGCUGCUUCCCGACUCUGGCCCUGGGCGACUGGCCCUGGGUGACUGGCCCUGGGCAACGCUCGGCCGGAGCUGAUAAGUGAUGGGGCCCCCAGCCUCCACACAGCGCCGUGCCGGACGCCCCCCUCCUCCCCCUCCUCCUCCUCCCAACCCUGACCCCCCCUGCAGCCUGGCUCAUUGCACAGAAGUGCAGCUCUGGAAUUCUGCCCUGUGCCCCACUUCUGCCCCCCCCCCCCCCCCCCCCCCCCCCCCCCCCCCCCCCCCCCCAUUCCCUCCCUGCCAGAGAGGAGGGGCUAUUUAAAGAGAUACGCCUGCUUUUAUUUUGCCGCUGAUGGGUGACACUGCAGCCCAUCUUCUUCCCCCACUGUUUAUAUGGGCUGGGCUGGGCAGGUUUGGGCUGGGCUGAGGUGUGAAAAGUGGCAGCGACCUGUCUCAGUGGUCUGUCUGAAGACACAGUGAGACAGACACAGCCACCGUUGUAUUGACGAGUGGCUUGAGAGCAGAAGGAGAGUCAUGCAACUGUGAUCAGGUGUUGCCAAGGUUUUAUACAAAUGGCUGCACAGUUAGUUAACCCGCGGAGCGUAAUGCUUUUUUCCGCUCCGUUUGCGUUGACAGAGCUGAGAAUUCAUCGGCUUGAUGUUUUGCUUUGGGUUUCAGGCAGAAUGCUCGGCCUGGGUUUGGGCAGUUUUUGGUUUGUUAAGACAGGUUGGUCUGGCGUCUCAUUUCUACCUCCAGAGAGGUAUCAGGUUAACCUUCCUCACAUUGAUAUUUAAACGAAGGGAUGAAAAUAUAAAUGAAAAAAGAAAAAAAUUCAACAUGUUGAAUGCUUGCACUCUCAAACACAUGCAAGUGUGCGCGCGUACACACACACAGAAAUGAACACAUACAUGUACUGUACUUAUACUCCAUGCAUUAAGCAUUCCACUCAGAAUCAAUACCAAAAAUUCAAGUGCCAAAAAGCCUCCGACCAUGAGUGCGUGUGUGACUGUGUGUGUAUGCAAGCGUGUUUGUGCGUGCGUGCAUGUGUGUUUGCCUCAAUUGCUGGAACCUAUCCAGGGUUUCCGUGGCGACCACACAACACAGCGAGACAAUCAGAAACAGGCCCACGCAGCGCAGCGAGAGGACAUUAACACAGGAAGGGAGGGCGGCAGAGGAAGGCUGAGGGAGGGGGCAGAGUACAGGAAAGGUGGCAGUGCAGGAAAGAAGGCCCACGUGCACGCAAGACUAACGCGUGCGACCUGUGUCUUGCCAACAAAGGGUAUAUAAAAAAGUUGAGAAACUUUUUUUUUGCCCCAAUACUUAUUUUCCCCCUUAUUUGCAAAUAAAUUCAAAAAAAAUCCUACAAUUUUCCUCAUUUUGUCUGUCAUAGUUGAUUCCUAAUAAAAUACAGGCCCUCUCUCAUUUUUUUAAAGUGGGGAACUUGCACAAUUGGGGGCUACUAAAAUUUUUUCCCCCACUGUUAGGGAAACCUCCAAAGAGGUUGCAACAAGAGAGACCCCUUUUUUAAAUGGGUGUGUACAUUAGGUUUUUUUGGGGGUUUACUUAAUAAAAAGUGAUAUGGGGGUUUCCCACCACUAUUUUAAGAAAAAAUGCACAAUUGUAGUCACUCUGGAAAAGACAUUGCAAAAUGACUAAAGUAAAUGAAAAAAUGUUUGGGGAGUCCCCCAAUCCCUUUUUUGGCAAACCCCAAAACGUUUUUUGUUAUUUUUGUCUUUAAUCAAGGGCAUUUUUUCUGGCCCUCUUCCGAAAAGCCCAGCUCGGGGAGGUAGGGUUUUAAAGGGGGUCCUAGGGACAGUACCCCCAAUCCCCGGUGGAGCUUUGCACUCCUUCGGGUUUUUUUUUUGGUUCUUUGUUGCCUCUCUGUUAAAUCCCCCUCCUUGCUUCCUGUUUUUGGUGUUGGGGCCCCUCUUUUUGGCGGUUUUUUUGGCCAUAUUUUUUCCAUUUUUUAAAAAGGUUUUUUAAGGGUGCAUGUGCAAUUUAAAAUUUCUGAUAUUUUUUUUAAACCCCAAACCCCUGAUUUCCCUUCUCCAAAAUUUUGUCCCUGACAUUUUUUUGGAAGCCCCCUUUGGUUUUCGGGUGCCGCUUUUUUGGGGGUGCCCCUUGUAGUGGGUUGCAGACUUUUGUGCCUUCGAAAGGUUAUAUAAAAGUGGGGGAAAAAAUAUUAGUCGCCACCUUUUGUGAAAAUUUCUCCCACUUAAAAAGUAGAGAGGCCUUAAUUUUCAUCAUAGGUCCCGUAAAACUAUAAGACAAAAGGAAAAAAAAAAAUCCAAAAAAUACAUUGUGGUUUUUUUAAUGAAUUUAUUUGCAAAAUGGGGGAAAAAAAUAUUUGGCAAAAACAAAAUUUUUUCCAAAUUUUGUUAUAACCCUUUGUUGGAAAUGUCAGGUAAAAACGUUUUCUGUAAGUUUUACAAGGUUUUCACACACUGUUGCUGGUUUUUUUGGCCCCUUCCUCCUGCGAUCUCCUCUAGAGCAGUGGUUUUGGGGUUUCGCGGGGCCACGGAUUUAACCCCCUCCAAAGUUUUUCUUGGGUUGAAUCUGGAGACGGUGGCCACCCCAGGCCUUGAAAGCUUCUUACAGCCAUCCUUCGUUCCCCCGGGCGGUUUUUUGGGGAUCUUGUCAUGUGAAAACCCACCCGUUUCACUAAAUCCCCUUGCAUGGGGGGAGGUUUUCACUCAAAAUCUACAUACUGGCCCCAUUCAUUUUUUCCUUUAAUGGUCAGUCGUCCUGGCCCCCUUGCAGAAAACACCCCCAAAGCAUGUUUUUUCCCACCCCCAUGCUUCACAGUAGUAGGUGUUCUUUGGUCAACUCAGCUUCUUUGUCCUCCAAACGACAGUUGUUUUUUCCCAAAAAGUUAUUUUUUGGGUUUUCAUCUGACCACUACAUUCUCCCAACCCUUUGGAUCAUCAAAAGCAUCUAGAAAUUCAAACGGGCCCCGGACUUACUGGCUUAACGGGGGGGAACGUCUGGCACGCAGGAUUUAGUCCCGGGGCGGGGGUGUUUACUGAUUUUAGGCUUUUGUUACUUUGGCCCCACUCUCUGCAGUCUUUCCCUGGUCCCCCCUGGGGUUUUGGGGAUUUUUGCUCACUUUCUUUUAUCUUUUUGACCCCCGGGGGGUGAGACCUUCGGGGAGCCCCGACGGGGAGUUUAUCAUUUUUGUAUUUUUUUCUUUUCCCCAAAUUAAAUGCUCCCACUUUUGUUUUUUAAAACCCAAAGCGCUUACCUAUUCCCAAAGAUUCAGUCUUCCCAGCCUGGUGCAGGUCUAAAAAUUUUGUUUCGGUGUCCUUUGACAGCUUUUUGGUCUUGGCCAUAGUUGGUUUUUGGAGUGUGAAUUUUGAGGUUUGGAAGGUUCUUUUUACUGAUAACAAGUUAAAAAACAGGUGCCUUUAAACACAGGGAACGGUGGAGGACAGGGGACCCUCUUAAAGAAAAAAGUUACAGGUCUGGAGACCUAAAUUUUUGCUUGUUUUUUUGGUGACCAAAAUAUUAUUUCCCACCAUAAUUUGCAAAAAAUUCAUUAAAAAUCCUCAAUUUGAUUUUUUUGGGAGAAAAAAAAUCUAAAUUUUGUCGUCAUAGUUGCGUGUCCCUUGAUGAAAAUUAAGGCCCCCCCUUCUUUUUAAGUGGGAGAAUUUGCACAAUUGGGGCUGACUAAAUACUUUUUUUCCCCACUGUUUUGAUACUUAGAUCAUGUAACAGAUCAUGGGACAUUUAGAGUGCGCACAGGGGGCCCUUUUUUAAACAAUUUGUGACUUCUGAAGGAAGGUUGCCACCAAUCUUAUUUAGGGUUUUUAGAAAAGGGGGGAAAACAUACACGCACCACUUAUCCUUUUUUAUUUUUAAAAUUUUCUUGAACAAUUGUUUUUUUCAUUUCACUUCACCAAAUUACAGGUUGUAAUGCAAAAAAUGGGAAAAAAAUCCCAAGGGGGAUAAAUAUUUUGCAGGGCGAAAAGAAAUGAUGUGUUAAUGUUUUAAAUAUUUGCCCUAGAUCAUGCCCGUCAAGGUGGGGGGGUUGGGGGGUUUGUUUAAUGGGGCAUAUCAGUCUCCUGCAGCUGCUGGCUCCGAGUGUGCUUGUUUCCCCUUGUCUUUCCUCUUCACCUUCAGAGGGAAGGAAACCUUUCCCCAGUCGCUUCCCCGACUCGGGGCCCUGGGCGACUGGCCCGGGUAGGGGCCCUGGGAACGUGGGCCCGGAGGGGGAA